UCUAAUUCUCGUAUUUCUUUCUCUUCCAUUAAGAAACCUGAAUAUAGAUAUUUCUACCUAAAACCACUAUUUAAAACAUGUUUCGUGUGUUUUUGUUUCUUUCCUCCCCGCAUCGUCAAAAAAUUUAAAACACUAGAACUCAACCGUGCCGACUGCGGUGCUUCACUUACCACUUACCAGCUACCAUCUCUUCACCUCAACAACACCAACUUUCAUUCCAUUUCCUCCAAAUCACAACACCCAUUUCAUUUUCACCGAUAAUUCCCAAGUUACUCUAUUCAUUCACCUUAUCUUCCUCCAUUCCAUUAUUUCUUUCUCUUUCCGGAUUUUUCUCAUAACAGAACAAGAUGCAACUUGACCUUGAAUCAUUAUCCGAAGCUACUUCCGGAGCAAUUGGAUCCCUUGUCAGCACCACCGUCUUGUACCCGCUUGAUACUUGUAAGACCAAAUAUCAAGCUGAAGUUCAAGCUCGUCAUCAAAGAAAAUAUAGGAGAAUUUCUGAUGUUCUAUGGGAAGCAGUUUCUAAACGUCAGGUGCUUUCGUUGUACCAAGGCCUUGGGACGAAAAAUGUCCAAUCCUUCAUUUCGUCGUUUAUUUAUUUCUAUGGAUACAGCUACUUUAAGAAACUAUAUUUGAAAAAAACUGGAAACAAGAACAUUGGGACAACAGCAAACUUGAUCGCCGCUACUAUGUCUGGCGUUUGUACUAUACUAAUAACCCAGCCCUUAGAUACAGCAUCCUCAAGAAUGCAGACAAGUGAAUUUGGAAAAUCCAAGGGACUAUGGCAGACCUUAUCAGAGGGUACCUGGAGUGAGGCAUUUGAUGGUCUUGCCAUAUCUAUUCUUUUAACAACAAACCCGUCUAUUCAGUAUACGGCAUUCGAUCAGCUGAAACACAGACUACUAAAGGGAAAAGUGAGCAAGAAAACAGAUGCAAAGUCGUCCCCCGAAUCGCUGUCUGCAUUUAAUGCUUUCUUGCUUGGUGCAGUUUCAAAAUGCGCUGCUACAUGCUUGACAUACCCUGCUAUCAGGUGUAAAGUCACGAUUCAGGCUGCUGAUUCAUACGAUAAUAAGAGUACAGAAGCCGAGAAGAAGGCACAGAAGACAAUCUCCGGAGCACUCUAUACAAUUUGGAAAAGAGAAGGCCUCUUGGGAUUUUUCAACGGAUUGCAGGCGCAGAUAUUGAAAACUGUUCUCAGCUCUGCAUUACUUCUGAUGGUAAAGGAGAAGAUCACAAAGUCGACAUGGGUUCUGAUGCUCAUGAUUGGAAGAUACUUUUCUGCCAAUCCUCCCAAAUUGAAAGCAUCUUGAAUUCGCGCUCAAUAAACUAUGAACAAUUUCUCAUUUAAGAUGUUAUUUAUAGUAGCAUUUUUUUAGUUUAGUAUUGUGUUGUGCACUUGCAAACUCAAAAAUCAUAUUAUUGAUAACAACGACAACAAAUAACAACCCUUUGGGAACAACAUUCUCCGA